ACAUAACAAAAUUGCUUUGGGAUUUGAAAGAAUGACUAAAGCUCCCCCUCUCUCUGUGCGUAUAUGUGCUUGCGUGCGUGUGUGCGCGCGCGCGCGCGUGUGUGUGUGUGUGUGUGUGCACGCGCGCUCCACAGCGACAGCCCACUCUCCAGCUGGAAGGCGGAGAUUGAUUGUAAUUUACAGCGCGUGGCUCUUUUUCUCAGAGUUAUUACUGACGCGAUGUCUCAGAGAGUAAAUUCAGCAAACCUCACAUGUUCACCAGCACACUCUGAACCUGAGGAUUUAUAAUCACGAGCAAUUGAACGGUACCAAUGAGGGGUGAAAUAUUGACACUGCUCCUUGUCACGUGGCCAUGCCUACAAGCCCUCUUCACUGUGGAGUCGGAGCAAGAUUCCUACGAUGGAGAGCUGCAUGAUAAAAUCACGAUGGGAUGCCGUUUUUCACACGUCCCGAGCGUCUCGCGCAUAUCCAUCAUUUGGCAGCGCGUCAGUCCCCUAGAGACAGUGGGAGUAUAUCAGCUGGAUAAGGGCAAUGAGAACCCCAACUUCACCAGUGUACAGUAUCAGUCACGAGUGCGGCUCCUGAAGGAGGAGCUAGAGAAAUUUCGGGCGGUGAUCGAGCUCUCCCAGCUUCGUCUGAACGACUCGGGAACCUAUCAGUGCAUCGUGAUCCAGGAUGAGGUUGACUACAAGCAGACCAAACUCACCAUCCGAGCACCAUAUAAAGCAAUUAAGAAGACCAUCAGGAGGCUAAGUGAAAAGGAAGUGGAGCUUUCCUGUGAGUCCCAAGGCCUCCCGUUGGCCCAUGUGACUUGGAGUGAUGGCACGCUCAGGGAUCUGACAAACCGCUCGGAGAGCAGCCAUGAAACAAACAGCGAUGGUGUUUUUGUUGUCACCAGCCGAUUGUCCGUUGCAUAUGAUGUCAACAAUUACACCUGUUCCUAUAUGACUGAUGACAGCAAAACGAGCCAGACGGCUACGUUCAGUAUCCCAGAUGAAAUUCCAGAGAACAGUAAAUUGACCACAGGAUACGCAGCUAUUGCCGUGAUAAUCGUGAUGUGUGUGGGUUUAGUCUUGGCCUUGCUGAUUCUCCGCAGGAGAAAGAAAGGGCAAAAAAGAAUGGACAUCUCAUCUGAGGAAUGUGAAUCACCUCUACAAAAUCUGACUGUUACGUCAACUGACCAUUUACUUUCAAAGUCUAACUCCAGAUUCGAUUCUCUGACUUUUACAUCAGAGUAUAAUGUGCAAGACGUGCUAAAGCAAAAAUAUGCAGAGUUUAACAAAACUACAGAGACGAAGACUGAUUUCACACUCCCACAUAGACUUCUCUCUGGAGAAAACCAGCAUGUCGACAUCCACUCCAUCCUCCCAGGCCCGAGGGAAACUGUGCUUCUGGAGGGGAAAGAAGGGGCCGGUAAAACCUUCAUAGCCCAAACCCUGGCUUGGUCUUGGGCUGAUCAGUCCAGUUUAGACCUUUUCAACAUCCAAAAGCUCCAGCUUGUGAUUUUAGUAGACGUCAAGGGAGAUGGAGGGGAGUUCUUCCAAAUGGUUAACUCCAAGAUCCCAGCAGAAGCAGGACUGCAGAUGAACAAACUAAAAGACAUUCUUCUAGGGGACGGGGACAAUCUCGUCAUACUGGACGGUUAUAAAGAAGGGGACAGAGAACUGGAUAAGUCGCUUAUUAAGUUUCUAAGAGAGAGAUGCACAUGCAGGGUGCUGAUCACAGCGUGCCCUGGAGAGCACGGCAUCCUGGGAGAAACGGACAGGAAGGUAAUGAGGCUUCAUACGCUCCCUGUGCAAGCAUGAGUUCUCGAAGGAGUGUUCAGAUUCAAGGAACUGUUUUAAAAUCCUACAUAAUGUCCCACUAGAGAGUGAAAGGUUGCUAGUGUUGCUUGAGUUUUGUCUCGUGGGUAUGCAACGUCCAGCAUUCGUUUGAAACAAUAGCUACAAUUAAUUUUAAUAUAUAUAUA